AUGGAAUCUGCGCGAAGUCUCUACAAAAAUGACGUUGAUUUUGCAGCCUUGGCGCUGCAAUCGCGCGAUUUCGCCAAGCACUUGACACCAACCGGCCAUCUGAACUUUGCGGAUCCAGCGGCUGUCCGACAACUCACCACCACCCUCCUGCAACAAGAUUUUCACCUGAAAGUUGAGAUCCCUGAGGAUCGACUGUGCCCACCGCCCUACACGCAUGUGUCUGAUAUGAAGUAUAGACUCAACUACAUCCUCUGGCUGCAGGACCUCCUCGACUCCAGUGCGGGAGGACUACAUGAAGGGUAUGAUCGAGACCGGGAAGUCGUCGGCCUCGAUAUCGGAACGGGAUGCACCAGUAUCUACCCCCUGCUGGGCUGUGCGACACGUCCACGGUGGAACUUUGUAGCAACAGACAUUGACUCGAGCAAUAUUCGCACCGCCCAACAUAAUGUGGCCCUGAACAACCUCGAAUCAAGGAUUCGGAUUGUGCAUUCUGACCCCGACGGACCAAUCUUCCCGUUAGAGGAACUAGGCUGCCAGACCCUUGAUUUCACCAUGUGCAACCCACCCUUUUAUACCUCGUCCGAUGAGCUGAAAAAAUCUGCUGAGCAGAAAGAACGAGAUCCCUUCUCGGCCUGCACUGGUGCAGAAGUUGAAAUGGUGACCAGUGGCGGAGAAGUAGCUUUCGUGAAGAAAAUGAUCGAUGAAAGCCUCCAGCUCCGCGACCGCGUCCAGUGGUAUACAUCCAUGCUCGGCAAAUUAAGCAGUAUUAACGUACUAGUGGAGAUGCUGAUCAAACACGAGAACCAUAAUUUUGCAGUUACAGAGUUCGAACAGGGAAGCAAGACGAAGCGCUGGGCCGUGGCGUGGUCAUGGGGAGACAGAAGGCCUGCCAUGAAUAUUGCGCGUGGAAUCCCCGGCUGCCCGAAGAGUCAUUUGCCUUUCCCUUCAGAGUACACAUUCACACUACCACCCGACACAUCGAUUGACUCAGCCACUGCUACUAUAAAUGCAGAACUCAGCUCUUUGCCUUGGUUUUGGUCUUGGGAUCAGGCCCGCUCUGCGGGGACGGGGUUCGCUGCUGAAAAUGUGUGGUCAAGAUUCGCCCGUCGAAAGAUGAAACUUGCCGGCGAGGAGGGUGCGGCUAGAUUGAAGGUGAUUCCGGCCCAGGUGGCGCUGGGAGUACGUCUGCAGAUACGGCUGGUCCGGGGGCAGAAACCCGAUGAGAAAGAGGUGAAGGUCCUAGUCCGCUGGGCGCAGGGGACCGACACGGUCUUGUUUGAGAGCUUCUGCGGGAUGGUAAAGAGGAAGUUGGAAUCGAAAUGA